GUCAGGGAAGAGGCAGGCUUGUUAGGAGAUAGCACAGGCAUGGAGCAUCACAUGCACACACUAACAUCCAUUCACUCUGCUCUCAGCUGUGUUAUACAUCUUUUUGAGGAUUACCCUCUAUCCCUCCAGUAUUCCGCCGGAACGACUGCAGCCCCUUAGAGAGUAGCGGGGCUUUCAAAGCCUACAUUUGAGCCGAACCGAUGAUGAGCAGGAUUUCUUUUGUUACCUCUGUAGUAGUGUUGUUGUCUCAUCUCAGUCAAUUCUUCCAUGUUUUCAGUUGGAUAGUGCAGCCAUGCGUCUUGCUUCACCGUAUCAUUAAGAGCUUCUAUGCUUGACAUCUGCUUCUACAGAUAAUUAGCACUUUUUUUGUAUUCUGCAUUGUACUACUGUAGCCUACUGCUCCUCUUACCACUGUGUGCAUGUGCAAAAAUACAACCAGUGUGCUUUGAUGUCUGUCCUUGACACACAGCACAUCUGCACAAGUGCAUGCAUGUGAUAUGAGUGCCUUUGAAUGAAUGCAUUGUGUGUGCCUGUGUGAUUGAUGCAUCAAUAUUCUGUUCGGAUUGGUUAGCCCUGUAUUGCCAUCUCUAUUUCUUCUGUGUUCUUCAAAGCCGGAUUGCUGCUGCUGCUGCUGCCGAUGCUGCUGCUGUUGCUGUUGCUGCUGCUGCUGCUGCUGUUGCCACUGCUGUAGCUGCUCCUGCUGCAUGCAUACUCAUGUUUCUGGCCUCUAAUUGCCUUUGUGGAGAAUACAGUGGUUGCAGCAUAUAUUCAAAAUGAGUGAUGAAACCGAUGAAAAUAACUGUGGAUGCAGUAAACACGCUUGUCAAACACCACAAACGCACAAUGAUUAAUGCAUUACAUUUGCGUUAACAAAGGCAAGUGCAAACCAUUGAAAAUAUAUAUCAAUACUAAUUGUAUUGUCUCCACUGGUAUAACAUUUGGCAUACAAUUCUGCAUCUCUUUGGUAUUCAUCUGACAUCAAAGCAAAGCCUCACGAUAAAAUAAUCUGUGCUAAAUUUGCAGAGGCAGCACAGCAGUCGCUCCAGUCCAUGCAAAUCUACAUGCUAUUAUUAUAAAUAAAUAAACUCUCUGGCUAUUUGAGUACAAGCCAUAUUCUGAUUGAAAUACGAGGGGUUUAGGCGUUGCAUUCCUGAAGUGCAACACGGCUGUGUCUUUUAUCAUAUCACCAGUAUGUGGUCUGACGAAUGUAUGUGGCACCCGAAAUGUCUCAUGAAGUCAAAGCAAGAGUCAAAAUAAAUGGAAAUAGAGGAGUCACAACUGCAGAUCAAUCACAGUACCUCCUCUCUCCUCCUAUUACACACUGAGGUUGAACAGACAUGGCAGGCUUGCGUGUGAUUCAUCCUGAAGCAGGAGAGAACGGUUCCUUGGAGCAGAUGGAGGAGGACAUCAGUCUGAAGAAACGUAAAGGUGAUCAACAUGCAGAGAAAGAGAAAGAGGUCCAGACCGGACAGGAAACCGGCGAAAAGGUCAAAAGGAAGCGAGGACGUCCACCUGUGGAGAAAAUGCCCCCAAAUCCACCUGAGCUCACCAGACAGCUGAACACACUGGUGGACAUGGUCAUCAACUACAAGGACGGAUUGGGUCGACAGAUCAGUAAAGGCUUUGUGCAACUUCCCUCUAAGAAGGAGGUACCCGAGUACUACGAGCUGAUCCGAAAGCCUGUGGACUUCAGAAGGAUCAGGGAGCGCGUACGUAAUCAUAAGUACAGAAGUGUGGGCGAUUUGGAAAAGGAUAUUUUCCUCCUGUGUCACAACGCUCAGACUUACAACUUGGAAGGCUCUCAGAUCUAUGAGGAUUCAAUUGUCAUUAAGUCUGUUUUUGAGAGCGCGAGGCAGAGAAUUGUCACAGAUGAGGAGCAGAAACAGACAGUGAGCGCCAGUCACAGUGAUAAUGGCGGCAGAGCUGAAGACCAAUUUGUCCCUUCAGCAGUCAAAUCACUACCAGUCCAGGUAAAGAAGGGGAACAAGGAGAGAAGCAGAACUCCAAUGACCAAGCGUCUCCACAGUGAUCUAGACAGCGAUGAGGAUGUAGAGGAUAAUACCACAAAAGACGAAGGCUGAACUGAAGGGCCCUCUGUUUUUUUUCUUUUUAUAUUCCUUUACAUGUCCGUCCUCUGCUAUGUCCCCUGUCAUCGGUUUCUUAAUUUUCUAAGCAAAAGAAAGGUCUUUGAAAAUAAAUGGAGGGAACACACUUGUGAAAGAGUGCUUUUUCAUUCAGAUGACUCAUACACCACCCAAACAAGUCUUGCUGCACAUUGUGCUGUUCUUUUUAUUUAGCCUGUCUUCUACACUCAUUAUAAUUUACGAUUUUUAUGCCUUAGUCCCUGUGAUUGCUUCUGCAGAUAUUAUGUCCAAACCAGUUUCACUGACUGUUUUUAAUCAAUAUAUUUGAUUGUAUGAAAUGCCUUCAUAUGUCUUGGAGCAUGAUGCGUAUAGUAUAUCUCUCUUGAAGCUGACUCCUUUAGAGCAGCACCCGCUGGUGACAACGUUGAUGUGUUCAGGGCUAAAGAAUUGAAGCACACAGAAAGGUUUUUUUUUUCUAAGAAAAUGAGUGCUGUAAGGUUGUUUAAAAUCUGUGAAUGUGUGUUUAGGUAUGAUACAUCUAUGUCUUUGGUUAAAAACACAGCGGGAGGUCGAAGUGACAUGACAAAUACUGACAGUAUGCCUUUUUCUGGUACUUAAAUGGAAUACGUUUGGGUCUAAUCAAGGGUACUCAAGUUGAAUAUUUGUAUCCCUUGUGCUGAAGUAUAUUCACAUAUUGUACUGUUUGUGUGGAAAACUAAAAGAAAAAGUAAAACUGCUUUUCAUUUACACUCCCAGAUGUUGGGGAAAUUUAAAUACAUCGUUGUUAAGACAAUCCCUAUAAACACGUGUCACUUAAACACUUGAGAAAUAAAUUUUACCAAAAAUUUCCA